AAUUUAUUUUGCACUCCGCUGUUAUAUCGACGUGCACCACCGUCUUGCCGUCGCUCAUUUCCUCCUCGCUCGGCUGCUUGCCUAGGGUUUCACCUGCUACCGCCCCACCUCCAGCCGUCGCUUCAGAUCCCGCCGCUGCCGGCGCUCGAUCCUACUUCGUUGCUCCUAGCUGAUCCCGCUGAGCUCGGAUUUGGGCCCUUCCUCCCCGCCGGAACAGCGUCCGGACGCGCGGGGGCAGAUCUGGGUUUUGGUGGCCCGCUUGGUGUAUGAGAAGGCCUCCAGAGCUUGGAAGUAAUGGAGGUGGAGCCGGCGAGGAGGGACGCGGCAGCGCUGGACCCGGAGCUGCUGCAGCUGGCGGAGCUCGCGCCGGGCGCGCUUCGUGAGAACUCCAUAGCUGAUGCGCUGUAUUCGCAGUGGCUCGUGCUACCCGAGACGACCAAGCUGGAGAUAUGUGCCAUAUCAGUGACCUGAUUAGUGUCGCCUAAGCUGUGUUUCACGUCAACAAUGAUAUAGGAACUAGCCUGGUGCAUGCGAAUCUUGUCUUAGUCUGAAUUCUUAUUUUUAUUGCUGUCAGAACUGUCCUUGCAUAAAUCAGGGCAUGUGCCAAACUCUAAACUGAGGCCUUUCUAUAUAGAACAAUAAACCUAUGAUUUCAGAUGACAUGUGAUUAUAUUUUAUAAUAAACCUAUCUUAUGUUUCCAUUUUAGAUUGAAUUAGAUCGUUUAUUCUUUAUUAUUUAUCAAUUGAUGCACAAAUACACAAAAGAUGGAAAUACGAAGAAUAAGAGAUGUAUGACAAACCACAAAAAACAAAACAGUUCACUGAUCUCUAUAGUUCAUCUAUCAUCUGAAGCAUUUGAAGAAGAAAAAGAUGAAAAUAAGAAACUUCCUGUCUCCUAAAUUGUUGAGUUGUUGCCUGUGCUGAUGUGCCCUUAUUUGUUUGUCGCUAAGCACUAGAGCCUGCAGGCCUGCACCUUGCAGCCAUGCAGAUCAGGCUGCAUGUACGCUGGCUUCUGGUGGGCAUGUGCACCAGUGCACGUCCAUGCUCCACUGCAGCAGCACACUGGCACUGCCUGUUGGUGCUUGGCCCUUCCGCAUGAGAUGAACAACAGAACAAGCGCCUCUGACCGUCGGAGCAAUGAUUUCAAGUCGGUUGACUUGCUAGUCGAUCCACCCGGGCGAUCAGGCGACUAAUAACGAUAAGGACGACAAUUAGGUCGACUAAUCAGGUCCUAAUCGACCUGGUCGCAGUCGUCCUGCAUAUUUACAGGACCUAUAUAUAUAGCAUAUAGGAGGCUAUACCAAACAUAGCGAAUAUGGAUAUUGAAUACUGGAACUGGACAAUUCAGAUUUCAGACCAUCAGUCAGUCACUAACUCGCUACUGCACGUUCAACAGCUGCUGCAUGUUCAUGGCGCCAAUCCCUCUCUACACAUACACAAGGAAUGGAAGAAAUUGAGGCAUAGAUCGCAGUCGCACAGUGGGAAGCAGAGGGGAGCAAAGGCGCGCAACAGGAAACAGAGGUGAAUUCAAGAGCGCAGAGGGGAAUUCAAGAGGGGAACAGAUCUUCAGACGAUGUACUCAUCUUGCCGCUGCGCAGGCUGCUGGGUCGCCGCCGCCGCCGAGAGGUCAGAGAGCAGCCGCUGGAAGCACCGCCGGAAGAGGGCAGACGCCGGAAUCAAGAGAGAGGGCAGCCAUUGGAAUCAAGCAGAGAGGGCACAGGGCAGCCGCCGGUAGAAUAGAAUAGGGAGCAGCAUUAUUUAACUAAAACCCUAACAGUAAUGGCCUAAUGGGCCUUAUUACCGGUCGUCCAGCCCACAUCCAAAUCAGGCCUUAAAAAGAAACUAGUCGUCCCCACCCUAAUUGGGGCGCUUAGUCGAUGAAUAGUCAGACGACCAGACAAUUAGUCGACCUGAUCGAGUCAGACUUCCUAAUCGCACCAAUAGAACCGACUUGACCGAUCGCGAUUAGUUGGACGACUUGAAAUCAUUGGGUCUGAGUCUGAGACGGCUGGCUUGGAUAUGAACAAGCACAAGCCACAAGCAAAUGGAAUGCUGGAUCUUUGGGAGUUGCUGCAUUUUCUUUGGUUGAUCAAACAGAGUAAUUUGACCAUGGAAUAUAGUGGGUCACUGGUGCGACACCGCUUGUUGUGGCCCUCAAUUUUGGUGGCACCGUCCCCAUGCCCCUAGGGAUGAGUCUAAUUGCUGUAUAAGUAGAGUUUAAGAGAGUAGCUGGUGGUUGAUUUAUGGUUGAUACUACAUACUAGUGAGAUGGUCUGAGCUUUAUGAGCAGAUUGUAUGUGUUGGGUAUGCAAACAUGUGCAUUCCUGUUGAUGCCAUUUUUGUGGUGCUACACUAUAAGAACCACUGUUUUCAAGUUGUCCGAUUAAUCACGAUUAAUCGUCCAAGUCGGUUUGGACCAAUCGUGAUUAAUCGUCCAAGUCGGUCAGUCAGAACAACCAGCAAGUCGUCCGACUUGAAAACAAUGAUAAGAACACUAGCUUAAGACGGUUAGAUAUGCUUGUCUCCAAUUUGGGUUAGUUUUUGUUGUCCAUCAUUUCUGCAAAGUGCUGAUUGUGGGGGCCUAGUGCAUGUGUUGAUUCUACCUUUUCAAUAGCAUUACGAUAGAGGGCACACAGGAUACUGAUUUUGCUGCUGAGUCCUUUUGAGUUGAGAGUGUGUGCCGUUGCUUUGAUUGUUCUCAAGUGCUCCUUGGUAGCUUAGUUUAUGCAUGCUCGCCUGAUCGCCCAGGUGGAUCGACUAGCAAGUCGACCGACUUGAAAUCAUUGGAUGAGUGUGAAUGUGGGUUUGGAACCAACAGCCAUGGUUUGAAUUCCCAUUUAUACAUAAUUUUAGCAUUUGUACUAUUUAAAUGUGGGGGAGCACCGAGCACGACGACGGUGGAAACCAUGGAACUGUGGAAACUGACGCUUUAACUUAGUAGAGAUAAGUUAGGUAUCCUGUCUGUGCCUAGAAAAUGCAGACCUUCUGUAAUUUGUUAUUGUAAAUUGUUGAUUUCUUCUUUCUCCGUGUUUAUGUGAAUGAUUUGAAACUCCGCAAUGUACUCCCUCUGUUUCAAAUUAUGUCGUUUUGGCUAGUCUAGAUUCAUUAUUUUACUCUGUAUCUAGACAUAGUGUAUAUCUAGAUGUAUAACAAAAGCUAUGUAUCUAGAAAAGUCGGAACAGAGGGAGCAGAUAGGAAGUCAAAUACAUAGUUUCUUACAGUGUUCAUACUUCAUGUACCUUAGGUGAAGUCUUUGAUUGAUGAUGCAAAGACUGGUGCUGUGCUUAAUGUUGCUGGAAGCUCUGCUAGCACAAAUGCUGCUUCAAGUAGUUCUCUACCUUCGAUGUUUCCUGCUGGUAGUGCUCCACCACUUUCUCCUAGGAGCACGUCUGGUUCCCCUCGUGUUAUGAGACGAGGAUCUGGAGCUGGACCAUCAUCCUUGGGCUCUCCAUUAAAAUUAGUUAGUGAACCAGUAAGAGAAGUUAUACCUCAGUUUUACUUCAAGAAUGGGCGUCCUCCCACAAAAGAUUUGAAGGAGCAGUGCUUAUCAAGAACAGAUCACCUAUUUUUUGGUGGUGGGGGACUUCAAGUUCAAGAAUUCAGAUCGGUCACGAAGGACAUAUGUAAACUUCCUUCAUUCUUGUCUAGUGUCCUUUUCAAGAAAAUCGAUGUUGAAUGCACUAGAACUGUCUCAAGGGAUGCAUUUGUUGAGUACUGGAUUAACGACAAUAAGGUUACAAUGGAUAUGGCUAGUCAAAUAUUUGAAAUAUUAAGAAAGCCAGGUUACACAUAUCUCACCCAGGAUGACUUCAAGCCUGUCCUGAAAGAACUACUGGCAACACACCCUGGCUUAGAGUUUUUACAAGGGACCCCCGAGUUUCAGGAGAGAUAUGCGGAGACUGUAAUAUACAGAAUCUUUUACUCCAUAAAUAGAUCUGGGAAUGGUCAUCUGACUCUGAGAGAGCUCAAACGUGGAAAUUUAAUUGCUGCACUUCAGCAGUUAGAUGAGGAAGAAGAUAUCAACAAAGUGUUGAGAUAUUUCUCAUAUGAACACUUUUAUGUGAUCUACUGCAAAUUCUGGGAGCUGGAUGCAGACCACGAUUUUUUGAUUGAUAAGGAAAAUCUCAUCAAAUAUGGGAACCAUUCGUUGACCUAUAGAAUAGUUGAUAGAAUUUUCGCACAGAUCCCAAGGAAAUUCACAAGCAUGACAGAAGGAAAGAUGGGUUAUGAAGACUUUGUUUACUUUAUAUUAUCAGAGGAAGACAAAUCAUCUGAGCCUAGUCUUGAAUAUUGGUUUAAGUGCAUCGAUCUUGAUGGUAAUGGUAUUUUAACUUUCAAUGAAAUGCAAUUUUUCUACGAGGAGCAAUUGCACCGAAUGGAGUGCAUGGCACAAGAGCCUGUGCUUUUUCUGGACAUAUUAUGCCAGAUGAUUGAUAUGAUUGGACCAGAGAAUGAGAGCUAUUUAACUCUACGGGACUUAAAACGGUGUAAACUCUCAGGAAACAUAUUCAAUAUUCUUUUCAAUCUCAACAAGUUCAUGGCAUUUGAAACUCGUGAUCCAUUCCUCAUUCGCCAGGAACGUGAAAAUCCAACUCUAACUGAGUGGGACCGGUUUGCACAUAGAGAAUAUAUUAGAUUGUCCAUGGAAGAAGAUGGUGAGGAUGCUUCAAAUGGAAGUGGUGAUGUGUGGGACGAAUCACUUGAGGCUCCAUUCUGAAUGGCGUCUUGCUGCAUGAAUUUGGUUGGACAUGGAUGAUUAUGGUUGUGAAGCGGAAGGAUUGUAAAUUUGGUGGCUACCCUGUUGAGGCCAUUGUAGGCUCACAGCAGAUUCAGUAACAUCAAAGGCUACUUAAAAGUUUUACUGUGCAGAUCUGAUUCAAUAUUUGUCAGUUAUCUUGUUGGGCAAACAUUUUUGCUUUGCUGGAAAAUUGGGGAGGGAGGUUGGUGGGGGCGCCCUGCAGUUUCAAGGCAACAACCUCAGCAGUCAUCAACGGUCGACUCCAUUUGUGUUCUGAUUGAUCCUUAGGUGGAUAUCUGUUAUUCAAUUGUGCGCAAAUUUUGGGGCUGAACUGUUAAUGUUUGGCUGCUAUUUCUUUGUUAAAUCUUGGAAGCGCAGGCUACCAAUUCCAUCACACAACUAAGAUCAUGGCAUGUAGCUUUCAGGUUCUGCUUUCUCAUCAGCAUGGUGUUCUGUAGUUGUGUUGCCAUUCUUGGUGCAUCUUGGGAGGAAUGAUCCGUGACCUUGAAGAAUGGAUACUUAGUCAUUUUGUAACAUUACCGAGAAGCAGUGGAUUGGGUGCAUAGUAACACAGGUUGUAACGUUACCGAGAAGCUGUGGAUUGGGUCCAAUUUUUGUUAAGGUGUAAAUUUGGAGAAUAUUUUAGGUUAUCUUACUUGAAAGUGCUUUGCGCUUUGCGUAUUGAGCUACUUAUGUCGUGAUGCGCUGAAACUCCAUGUGUGUAUUCUUGUUGUAUUUUCCAUUUUGUCAAGGAUCAUGUUUUCUUGCCUAUAUUUUUCA